CCAUGUGAAUAGGAUUAUGCUCAAAUAUAAUAGCUAUCGUCGACAUCGCCAUAUAAUUACUGAUUCGAGCGAAAGUCCUAAGUGGGCCAAUUGCAUGGUCGGAACUCCUUUUCUAUCUCGCAGGCCCUAGUUGUCACUUCGCCCAUUAGCUUUGGAGACGCAGCGGCAUCAAUGAGAAACCUGCUGCCGUGACACUUUGCAGGACGACGCGUUACGUCAAUCGGUCACAAGCCGACAUGUAUUAGUUUGAUAAAGGUGCGAGGAAACUCAUAUGUACAUAAAUCCCCCCUUGAGGCUCGCUAUCCUUGAUCUCCCUUUUUAUAAUCCUCAUUGACCAGCGAGGUGGGGUCUUCCUGAGACCUUUUGCUAGGCCUGUUCGCGAUGAGACCUCGAGGAAAGCGUUAGAUAGCAUCAAGAGGCGGGACACACGCCACACCAAAACUGUCAAUAUAUACGGCACGCUUUUUCAUACCCAUAAUCUAACCUACCAACGCAUAUCCGCACGGCGUUCUAGCGUACUGCCUUUCAAGCACGCACCCGGGUUUAACGAGUCUCUCAUCAUAUUCCACCAGCCGUGCCAGUCCUUUUACUAUCCAAGUACCAGAAACUCCCGAUCUUAAGACAGGUUCCCCAAGAUGGAUACAUUUGAUCAGGUCGUGUACAGAGGUGUUUGGGUGAUACUCUUCCUGUACGCCGUCAGCACCACCAUCGCCUUCGUUCGACAAAGCUACACUGCUUGUGUGGCAUCUCUCAUCUUUGCCUGCGUUCUCUUGCUAGAUCUGUCUCUAGUCAAUGUAUGGUUCUUCAUUCCAUCAUUCUUGUCCCACCUCGGGGAAAUCGGCCUUCACGUUGACAGCGUUAUUGACCUCGUUCGAGUCAUACUCACGAGCGACGCUGCACAAGAUGCCUAUACGAUGCUGCUAGGAUCAUUCGGGAGCGGACUUGCCGUAUUCAAUGCCGCAAGCAUGUUACAAAACGAAGCCAUGCGUUCCCAAAAGCAAAGGAGAUCAUCAGAAUGUUUUAUCGAUCGCGUCUAUCGAGUAUCUGAAUAUUUAGACGUUAAAGAUCGAGACGGGGACACUUUGCCUGUGUUCAAGUCUUGAAUUCAUCAUCAUGGAAAGGGUUCUUUCCCCUCGACUCUAAGAUUUGUCAGAAAGUGAUAUACCGCCUUCACAGCCAUGAUCACUUUCUGCUCUGCUCAUACGAUUGCGCGUUAUCGGUAUCCUCGAUUUAUCUUGGUAACAUAUGUUCAUUUGAUUUCUUUUUUCUCAAGAGCAAACACAUCGCGAAAGACACGGCCGCCC